GUUUCGCAUGCACCGGCAGCCCCGGGCGUCUCCAGGAUCAAGAACCCGAAACUCCCCCCCCCCUUCUCUUUUCUCCCCGCCGAUUCUCCUCGCCGCCGCCGCCGCUCGCCUGAGAAGGGAGGGUUCUUGUCGCCGCUUCGUGCUUGCAUUUGCGUGAGAGAGCUUGUGAGCGGGGGAGGCCAUGGAGGAUCCGGACGACGGCGAGAACCUGGACUUGUGGGACCUCUUCAACCACUACGACGAGCUCUACUUCCGCGGCGCGCUCGACGCCGCCGCCUUCGCCGUCGAGUGGGCCUACCCGCGCACCAAGAACAUCACUUGCUUCGGAUCCUGUUCCUUUGGAGACCUGCGCAAAAUAACACUCUAUGAGCCCAUCCUGCAAUAUCGCACAAAUGCUGAUCUGAAGAACGCCCUGCUGCAUCUGAUGAUUCAUGCAAUCAUAUUUGUAAAGCAUGGUAUGAAGAGACUCAGCCAUGGUCCUGUUUUCCGUGAUUGGAUGGAUGCCAUCAACACUUGCACCACUGAGGAUUACAUGAGACCACCAGGUGGCUAUUGUAUCACCACUACCCAUGAUUUCAGUGAGGAAAAAUCCUGCAACAUCCAGGGCAUUCAGUGGAAGUGUGAAUUGUGUGGCGUUACACUUCUGAGGGCAACGAGGAUGGCACCUCCAUCUGAUUCCUCCUGCUGUAUCGAGAAUGUUAGCGAACAUGUAACCUGUGGCAACAUGCUUUGCCAGUGGCACAACCACAAGAUGGGUUGUGGUGGUACAUAUGUGGUAACGAAACCACCAGGUCAAAGGAUGGUUCCAAAAGGUACACAGUUGCUUCUUCUGACUGGACCAACUGAAAUGACCAAGUCACAAGGUGCUGUACAACAAUCAGAUUCAGAUUCCGAUGAAAUGCAGAAAACAAUUGUUUUGUGUGCUGCCCCUCGGAGUCGGAGAAGAUUGAAGCCGAAGCAAGAGUUUGUUGCAUGGGACAAUAUUGAACUUUUACCUACAGUGAGUCGCAGUAAUGUAAAAUCAGUGGGUUGUAGCUCCUCAAAGAAGGCAGAGGAUGUCCUUCUGAGCAAACUGAAGUGGAAGCAAACAUCUGUUACAUCUCUAGGGAGUUGCGAGAAUGCGAAAUCGUCGGGAAGUAACACCUCCAGGAAGGCGGGAAAGUUGAAGCUAGAGCAGGAAGAUGUUAAGUCUUCUGCACCCUUGAAAAAAUUGAAGCUAGUGCAGGACUUGGCUGCAUCGGAGAAAUAUGGAGCUUUUUCUCUAGGGAGUUGCAAUGCAAAACCACCAGGAAGCAGCACAUCCAGGAAUGCAGGUUGCAAUGCAAAACCACCAGGAAGCAGCACAUCCAGGAAUGCAGGCAAGUGGCGCAACUCCGAGGGUGUUGAGAAAUCCAUUGUACCGCGGCCUACUGCAUUCCCCCAAAAAACGAAGCUUGUUACAUUCGAGAAACGUGGGGCUGCAAAACUAUCAAAAACUAUCACCCCAGACAAAGUAGGCAAGCUGCAUACGUCGGAUGUCAUUGAGAACUCCAGUGUCCUGCCUUCCACGCCCCCCAAGAAACUGAAGCUAGGGAAAGACUUUGUAGCAUUGGAGAAACAUGGGGUGGCAACAUCAGGAAGUAUCACCACAGACAAAGUAAGCAAGCUGCAUAAGCCUGAAGGCAUUCAGAAAGCAUGUGGUCUACCUGCUGCACCUCUCGCAAAAUUGAAGCCAGACUUGGUUGCAUCGGAGAAGAAUGUGGAUUGUGGCAAUGCAAAGGUACCGGACAAUAUCUCCUCAAAGAUGGCACACAAGGAACAUGAGCAUGGAGGGAGUCAGAAACACAUUUCUCUGCAUGUUGCCCCUCAAACUACGCUCAAGCAACCGGACGAGACCAGCUCCAGAUUGAAGGCAAGAAAGCAGCAUAAGCCUGAAGACUUUCCCAAAGUAAGUGUUAAGCCUGCUGUCCCUCAGAGUAAGCUGAAGCAAUCAAAUCGUGCCGCAUUGGAGAGGCAAACGACAAGGAGCAAAACUAAGAGCUCUGCUAGGAAAAAGGAGUAUGUUUGUUUUAGUCUUUGGCAGAACUUCUAUGAGUCAGAAUGCUCGAGUGGAUCGGCCGAAUCACUUGUGAACAAAAGAAGUGUGCGAAGAAAAAGACAGAGGCAACGCACAGUUCAGAUAACAUAUUCACGGUCAAGGAAGCGAAGUGCCAGUGAAGUUUCAUCUGAACUAGCGAAACCACCAUCUCAACACUUGGAGGUCAUUGUUAUCGAUGACGAGGUGAUGACUGAAGACCCUAGAGGUGAGUGGAAGCCACCAGCUCCAUGCAUGGAUGGUGGUACUGUCAAGCCCACUGAUAAGGUGAUGACUGAAGCCCCUAGAGGUCAGUCUAAGCCACCAACUCCAUCCAAGGACCUUGCUGCUGCUGCCCCUCCCGCUGAUCAGGUGAUGGCUGAAGCACCUAGAGGUCAGUCCAAGCCACCAGCUCCACCCAAGGACGUGCCUGCUGUCCCUACUGCUGAUCAGAUGAUGACUGAUGCCCCUAGAGGUCUGUCCAAGCAACCAGCUCCAAGCAUGGACAUUGCUGCUUUCUCUCCCGCUGAUCAGGUGACGACUCAAGCCCCUAGAGGUCAGUCCCAGCCACCGGCUCAGCGCAUGGACAUUGCCAUCCCUCCUGCUGACCAGGUGAUGACCCAAGCCCCUGUUGGUCAGUCACAGCCACCAGCUCCAAACAUGGACAUUGCUGCUUUGUCUCCCGCUGAUCAGGUGAUGACUCAAGCCCCUAGAGGUCAGUCCCAGCCACUGGCUCAGCGCAUGGACAUUGCCAUCCCUCCUGCUGAUGUGCCCCCUGCUGACCAGGUGAUGACCCAAGCCCCUGUUGAUCAGUCACAGCCACCAGCUCCAUGCUCCAUCGCCGCUGAUCAGGUGGUUCCACCUCACUCGGCUGAUCCACCCGGUUUAGCUCCUUCAAAUCCAACCAGUUGCCCUGACGUAAUAGACAUUUCUGAUGAUGACUGAACUCCUUUUCCAUCACUCUAUACUCUGCUUACUCUGGACUAAAUUGCUGGUCAGUGCUUACCAUAGAUAGGUAGCAGCUUUAGCUUAUCAAACUGUCGUUUCAGCAUCAAAUCAAUUUUUUGAUCUUAGCAUCAUCAUUAAGCGAGCAUGACUGAUUUGCUAUGGAGGCAUAGAGCUCUGAUAUGAGCGGCAGAACAUCUUGUGAGAAGGCGCUUGGCGCUACGACUCUUUCUGUAAUCUGCAUUUUGUGAGGCAGUGGCUUGGGCAUGCAUGGUGAACUGAAGCAUGAAAUUAGCUGCACUGUAAUGUUGAAACACGCCCGGAUCAUGGGAAAGUUGAGACUUCUUUCAUGUGCCAGUUAGAUCAUUUGCGCCUUCUCGUGUAUCCUUCUGUGUGCAAUGUUACUGGUUAUUGCUACUCCUUGCUUGCCAUGGUGUUUUGUAAACAUGCCAUUUGCUCGGUGAAAUUUAUAUCUUCAUAUGAA